AUGAAACGAGUUCACAUAGGAUCGCUGUCACCCACGUUAAAGGCUUCACAUGUGGCGAUUGCCAAUGGUGAUUUUGCGGAAUUAAUCUCGACGGAUUUGGUGGAAGUGAAGAGCAGUCGUCGUGGGCGUCGUGGCAGUCAACUCAGUUCUCUCAGCUCCGCGGAUUCAAUGACGACGUUACCAGAUGUGCCGAAAAGUUUGAUAGAAACGCUUAUUAAACAGAACUUCUCUGAAAUGGGGACUAACGCAAUGCACGGCUUAGCGUAUCACAACGCAGAAGUGAUUCGUGAGAUGCUCUGCAUGCUCUGUGGACAGAGUGCUCCUAUCUCGCAGACGGACAAGAAGCCCACACCGAGUCACAUAGAGGCCAAGCCCAUCAACCUUACUCGUCACCAGUCCCCUGUCUACGAUCCUGACAUGCUCUAUCCUUCGCCCGCAAAGGGACAAUUCAUCUGCCCCAACUGUGGUCAGGACUUUCUCAACCGUGACGCUCUCGCGAUGCACAUGAUGGAGAGUGUGCAUUCGGAGGCCUGUGCCACCACCAACACUGUCGGAAACAAGGAAGACCGCACCCAAGGAGCCAUUGGAUGUCACCACAUGAAGGUGACCACUCUCAACCACCUGAGCCCGGCACGUAGGUAUACCAGACUGCCUGUGCCCGUGAAUAACAGUACAGUGCCGUUCCACUCGAUAUUCAUCAAGACAAGGCCACUGCUAGACACUGGAGUCUCGCGACCGGGCCGCAAGCCCAGACGACUAAUUUCGUUGGCUGUGGAGGAGGACAAAUGUGGGCAGUUGCAAGUGGCGAUGGGACAAAGAGCGCCUUUUACGUUGAAACGGCCUAAGUCCUGUGAGCCAAAGGUGGACAGUCGCACUUUGGGUGAGGUUCAACCAGAUAGGGCUAGCUCAACGCCGGGAGGUGUGCAAGCAGCAUCCUCCAGUGAUUAUGCUAAUCCUUGCAAUAGUGGCGUCUGUGCUCUCAAGAAAACAGAAUCCGGACUCUCGAACUCCCAUAGAUCCGCAAAGGCCUUACGCAUUGAAAUACCGGAGGAGAAGAGGGUGCGCACAGCGAACGCAGAAGAGGGAGACAUGAUGAUGACAGGUCGAGGAGGAAGCAAAGGGUUGGCCAAUUCAGUGGAGUACGAGGAGACAGUGGAUGGAACGGGUGCACCAGGCAGAUCCUGCCAGUGGCAGGCCCUGGAGCCAGAUGAGCUCGGUCUCCCAGUGCAUUACCCAUUCGUGUGUCGGCAUUGUACAAUCGGCUUCUCCGACCAGACCCUGUUCAAUCUCCAUAUGGGCCUUCACACCUCCUUUAACCCUUGGCGAUGCAACAUGUGUAGCAAGGAGUUCUCCAACGUUUACGAGUUCACAGCUCACGCGCUUCAUUACUGA